AUGAGCACCAGCGCCACUGAAACUACAACAGACAACAUGGCGGGUUUCGGAGCUUUCCUGAAGAAUGCCUGGAAUAAGGAGCCUGUUAUUCUGGCCUCCUGUGUUAUUGGAGUGGUCGGCGUUGCUCUUCCAUUGAUCAGCCCCCUCACAAAGUAUACAGGAAUGAUAAAUUCAUCUGUUCCAUACAACUAUCCAGUCCCCGUGCGAGAUGACGGAAACAUGCCUGACGUCCCUGCACAUCCGUCUGAACAAAAAGGAGAGAACCUGGAAUGGCUUAAAAAGCUAUAACGGACACAUCCUCACAAUCAAUACCUGUGAUGUUCCCUCGGUCCAUAAUUGUCUGCAGAGCUGCUCCACUUGUCAAUGUCCUACAAUAAAGAUUAUCUAUUUAAAUCUA